AUGAAAAGAGUAGGAUAUCGAUUCCACCCAACUGAUGAAGAAAUCAUCAGUUACUUUCUUAAACACAAGAUGGAUGGUUCUGAUUCUUCUAUCGGCAAUGACAUUACUGAAAUUGAUCUUUGCAAGUUUGAGCCUUGGGAAUUACCAAGGUAUGCAGCAGUGCAGGAGUCAUCAAAUGAUCAAGUGUGGUACUUUUUUCGUCCACGAGACUCAAAGUAUCCUAAUAGCCGAAGAGCCAACAGAACAACAAAAGCUGGAUUUUGGAAAUCAACUGGUAGGGAUCGCAAAAUAAAGGCUAGACGAACCAAGAAUGAGAUUGGUAGAAAAAAGACUCUAGUUUUUCAUAAAGGUCGUGUCCCUGAUGGUAUCAAGACUAAUUGGGUUAUCCAUGAAUACCAACCUAAAACCAUCCUUCCUCACCAGAGAGCUUUUGCUUUGUGCAAACUGUUGAAGAAAGGGGAUGAGAGGACUGAUGUUCCGGCCUGUGAUGAAGGUGAACCGAGUAACCGUAUGCCUUCCAAUUUAGGAAACUCAGUAGAGGCCCCAGUUCCUCAGGUGGACCAAGAGCUGCAAGUGGAAACUAUCGUUAUUGGAAAUGGAUUGGGUUUCCCGUAUCCCCCUGCAAUGCAGCAGCAGAUCCUCAUGGAGCAGGGCCGCCCUUUAGAGAGUACACCAUUCACCAAUAUCUUUGGUCACGAAUCUAAUGAGUUGACAUUUCAGUUUGACGCUGAUGAAGAAGCGGAGGAUCCCAUAAAGUUGGCAGAUUCAUUUCUUAUUGAACCAGCUGGUUUUAGCUGCAGAAAUGUAUUUGCCAUUUUCCCGCCUGAAUCUAACUACGAAGAAGCUUCAAACAAUCCUCUCAAUGAUUCCAGUCCAUCAAAUUCAUUGAGUAGAGUAAAUCUUGAAGGUACUGGUGACACUGACGUUGAAGCUGACCCUCUUGAGUCUUUCCAACCAAUGGGAACUUCGAACUUUUCUGGUGGAAAUGCCAGAUCAAAUUACUACUGGCAGAUGCAAACCAUUCAAACACUGACUGGAGCCCUGCUAUCUUCAAUUCAUGACCAGCAUGAGAAGGAAAAGAUUAGUUCUCAUCGUGAUGAGAUCGUGGUAACAGAGGCUUCCUCAUCAGGCACAGAAACAAAGAAAUAUAUCAUUUGCAUCACUCCAGUUCAUGAAGUUCCUGAUUACGUAACAACCAACAGAGCACGACGACACAAGGCUCAAAAAGCUAGAAAGCAAGUUACUUCCAUUAAUUUUCUUCAGAAGGAAAAAUUGAAUAUGGAGUCUGAUCAUUAUGAAACCCUAGAAAUGGAGGCUUCUUCAGUCACCUCAGAUCCAGAGAGCUAUAUCUGUUUCCUCGAAGAAGUUCCCGAUUAUGUAACAACUUGCGGACCACAAUACCAUGAGGCUCAAACAUCUACAAGUCUUGAUAUUGCCAUUGAUCUGCCUCAGAUGGAAACUUUCAUUAUGGAAUCUCAAAGUGACAUGGAAAUGGCUCAUUCUGAAACAAGUUUGAAGUUGGGAACAAAUGGGUCAUUUGACAACUAUUGGAUGUCUUCUUUCAUUGACUUGGGAAAGUCUCCAUUAAGCCACAGACAAAAUCCCCCCUCAGUGUCCGCUUGUGUUGGCCUCUCUUGGGACCAAUUCGAUGUAAUUUGUUUUGUCAUGAUGAUGUCUUGUGGUGCUUUAAGUGGAUUUUUUUAA